GGCGGCUGUGGAGUCGCGGCCGUGGGGCGCGGGCGGCGGAGAGCGCGGCGGCCGUCAUGACGGAGGGCACGUGUCUGCGGCGUCGAGGGGGACCCUGUAAGACAGAGCCCGCCACCGACCUCCGCCGCUGGCGGCUCAGCAAUGAGAAGGGGAGGCAGGUGUGGACGUAUUUUCAAGAAGAGGAAGACCCUGGACGAGAGCAGACUGGGCUGGAAGCGCACUUACUGGGACUGGACACCGGGAGUUACUUUAAGGAUUUGCCCAAAGCCCACACGGCCUUCGAGGGGGCUCUGAAUGGGAUGACGUUUUACAUGGGGCUGCAGGCCGAGGACGGGCACUGGGCGGGUGAUUACGGUGGCCCGCUUUUCCUCUUGCCAGGCCUCCUGAUCGCAUGCCAUGUGGCGCGCAUCCAUCUGCCGGCUGGAUAUAGAGAAGAGAUGGUACGGUACCUGCGGUCGGUACAGCUUCCUGACGGCGGCUGGGGCCUGCACGUUGAGGACAAGUCCACAGUGUUUGGGACUGCGCUCAACUAUGUGUCUCUGAGGAUUCUGGGUGUUGGGCCUGAUGAUCCUGACUUGGUACGAGCCCGGAACAUUCUUCAUAAGAAAGGUGGUGCUGUGGGUGUGCCAUCCUGGGGGAAGUUCUGGCUGGCUGUUCUGAACGUUUACAGCUGGGAAGGCCUCAACACCCUGUUCCCAGAGAUGUGGCUGUUUCCUGAUUGGGCACCUGCACAUCCCUCCACGCUCUGGUGCCACUGUCGGCAGGUUUACCUGCCCAUGAGCUACUGCUAUGCCAUCCGGCUGAGCGCUGAGGAGGACCCGCUGGUCCAGAGCCUCCGCCAGGAGCUCUACGUGGAGGACUAUGCCAGCAUCGACUGGCGGGCACACAGGAACAGCGUGGCCCCUGACGAGCUGUACACGCCACACAGCUGGCUGCUCCGCAUGGUGUAUGUGAUCCUCAACCUGUACGAGUGCCACCACAGUGCCAGCCUGCGGCAGCGGGCCGUCCAGAAGCUGUACGAGCACAUUGCGGCUGACGACCGCUUCACCAAGUGCAUCAGCAUUGGCCCGAUCUCAAAGACCAUCAACAUGCUCGUGCGCUGGUAUGUGGACGGGCCAGCCUCCCCUGUUUUUCAGGAGCACGUCUCUAGGAUUUGUGAUUACCUCUGGCUGGGCCUUGAUGGUAUGAAAAUGCAGGGCACCAACGGCUCCCAGGUCUGGGACACGGCAUUUGCCAUCCAGGCGAUGCUGGAGGCAGGUGCACAACAUCGGCCCGAGUUUUCGUCCUGCCUGCAGAAGGCACAUGAGUUUCUCCGUAUCUCACAGAUCCCAGACAGCCCCCCCAACUACCAGAAGUACUACCGCCAGAUGAACAAGGGUGGCUUCCCCUUCAGCACGGUGGAUUGUGGCUGGAUCGUUGCUGACUGCACAGCUGAGGCCUUGAAGUCCAUCCUUCUCCUGCAGGAAGAGUGUUCCUGUGUCACCAGGCAUGUCCCAGGAGAGCAGCUCUUCGAUGCUGUUGCUGUGUUGCUGAACAUGAGAAAUCCUGAUGGAGGGUUUGCCACCUACGAGACCAAGCGUGGGGGACGCUUGCUGGAGCUGCUGAACCCCUCGGAGGUCUUCGGGGACAUCAUGAUCGACUACACGUAUGUGGAGUGCACCUCGGCCGUGAUGCAGGCACUGAAAGUUUUCCACAAGCACUUUCCGGACCACAGGCCCGAGGAGAUCAGGGAGACCCUUGAGCAGGGACUGGAGUUCUGUCGGCAGCAGCAGAGGGCUGACGGCUCCUGGGAAGGCUCCUGGGGGGUGUGCUUCACCUACGGCAUGUGGUUUGGGCUGGAAGCUUUUGCCUGCAUGGGGCAGACCUAUCAAGAUGGGGCUGCCUGUGUGGAGAUCUCCCGGGCCUGCGACUUCCUGCUGUCCCGGCAGAUGGAGGACGGAGGCUGGGGGGAGGACUUCGAAUCCUGUGAGCAGCGGCGUUAUGUGCAGAGUGCCCAGUCCCAGAUCCACAACACGUGCUGGGCCCUAAUGGGGCUGAUGGCUGUCAGGCAUCCUGGAGUAGCAGCCCUGGAGAGAGGGGUCAGGAGUCUGCUUAGGAAACAGCUCCCCAACGGCGACUGGCCCCAGGACAACAUGAACGGGGUCUUCAACAAGUCCUGUGCCAUCCACUACACGAGCUACAGGAACGUCUUCCCCAUCUGGGUCCUUGGCCGCUUCUCUCGCCUGUACCCUGAGAGUGGCCUCGCUGGCCACCCUUGAGAGCACACCUGUGAGCACCUGGCUGGGGGCGGUGGCAGGCACAGGCGUCCAGUGGGGCUGCUGAGCGGCAGCCGUCAUGCAAGUUCCAGGCAAGGUCAGGCAUCUCGGCUGGGCCACAGGAGCUCCCCAUUGCCCUACCCAGCAGUCCAGUGCCCCUCGCUGUCCACUUUCACAGGAGUGAGGCCUCGGACCCAGCCUGCGACAGGGGUGGGGUUGGUGGCUUUAGACACUUGAUUUUCAGCUUAGGGUUAAUUCUGAGGCUAGCUCGUUGGGCUCAGGUGAGGAAAGGAAGAUGAUGAAGAGACACUGGAGAAGGUGUGGUGUGUGUCCUCACCGUGGGCGCUGGGCUGGCAAGGCUUUCUUGACCAGUAACUGAGUUCUGGGGAGAGGAGCAGUUGGGCCUCGUCUGUGUCCUGCCUAGUGCUGGUUCUGGGCUGGGCUUGCCCCCAGGCCAGCUCUUCCUGUGUUUUCUGUCUGUUGGGCUGGGCAACAUGACAGCUUCCCUGAAGAGCCUGGUGGGGAGAGGCUGGGCUUCGCUGUUCACCUGGCCACCCAGGGCUCGGCAAGGAACGGGGACCAGACUUGCUCACUGUCCUGUGUCUGCACAGAGGGGAGCUAGACAUGGCACUCCAACCCUGCCCCAGAGCUCGAGCUUGCCCACGCUGCCUCACAGUUCAGCCAGUUGUGGGGCGCCAGCAUCCCUGUCUCCUGAGUUUAUAGUCAUCUUGUCGUGACAGAAAUGCAUGUGGGAGGCCAAGCAUAACAAAGGAUGAGGGGUUCUUAGCAGUUCAGUGGUUACCACUGUGGGGCACUGCUGUGUGCUUGUCACUCACUGGCCACUGCAGCCAGCUAGGCAGGUGUGACGCCCCAGGGCACCCUCACAGCUGCGCUGACCCUCAUGCCCUAGUCUGUGAUCUCACCUCAAGUGAGGGCCAGAUUUCUGGGGUGAUACCUCUUGGGUGGUAAACCUCUGAAUUCCCCUCUGGCUUCUAAAAUUGUCUGGCUUGAUGUGCACGAUCUUUGGGCUCAGGAGGGAAAAUCCAGGUUCUGUAUUUGCCUUUGACCCACGAGGACGAGUGGCUCACGUGCUCAGGGCUCCCCUGGGAGUGUGGCUGUGAGGAGUCACCAGGAGCUUUGAUGAGAAGAAAAGCCAGGCCUGGCCUUGCUCCUGGACCCCCACCCUGCUUCUCACCCACCCUGGAGCCCCCUCCAAUGGCUGUUCUUUGUCACCUCCUGGACUGGCAGCAGCCCCUGGCUGACCUUCCUCACUCAGACAGCCAGAGGGACGCCUUGAUGCCCUUCUGCUCCGUCAUUCCCUGCCCAGACCCUUCAGGGCCUACACUGAGGCUUUGCACCAUGGGGCCUCCUGGGUGCUGUCCCUGACUCUGCCUGGGGCUUGCCUGCUUCGGGGCCUUUGCCUGAGCUGUUCCUCCACUGACCUCCUGUCCCAGGGUAGUGCUGCCGUCCGCUCUGAGCCCUGCAUUGCCAGGUCACGUGUACACACAGGCAGGCCCCCAGCUCCACUGACUGCCACGCUCUGUGGCAUGUAGCGGGUGUUCAGUGGGUACCUGUUGAACGUCAGCACUUUUCCCCAGACGUUUUUAAACUGGGCUUAUUUUGGCUAAAGGAACCGUAUUGGGAUCCCUUUGAAGUCUGCCGGUUUGCUCUCACACUUCUCUUGGCCACGUGCUCCCCCAGCUGGGGCAGCAGCAGCACAGAUGGUGAUUUACCAUGUCUGCUCCUUGCAAUGGCCACUUCCCCUGGAAGGCCUCCAGGCAUGACCAGAUCACUGGACAAAACGUAAAUUUUCCAGAAAAAAAAUGAAAAUUUGCUUUUAUACUGCAAAUGACAUUAGAAGUCACAUAUUUGACCAGCUACCUAGUAAACAGAUGGUUGAUUCCGUUAGGCAAAAGCGUGGCCCGCCUGUGUUGUCUUAUCCUGGGAUCAGUCUUGGAUCUGGGGUUUUCUGGGACUGUCACUUGGACACCAUGUUGGACGCUGGACCUCACCUCCUCAGUUUCAGGGAACUAGAGUAACUACUUGAAGAUAAGCAGGAUGCAUCUCUAGUUAUUUCAGGGGAAAAUAUUUGCCUCAACCUGGUUAAAAAUCACGUUCUCUAUCCUGGGUGAAAAUUGAAAUUAUUUUACUUCUGGUUAUUGUGAACAGAUUUUGAAUAUUAUGAGAAAUUUUCUUUGGAGCUGUAUUAGGUUUUCUGUAUUCACCAUGAUGUGAACUUCAGACCUGACCCUUUGAGGAAUUCUCUAACUGGAAAUGCUUAACUCACAGUGGAAACGUAUCUCUAAGAAAAUACUUUUCCUUACUGAACGUAAUCAAUAUUGCUAAAUAGGUUUAAAUUUUAUUUAGGCAUUAAAAAUGUUUUAAAAUUAAA